AUGGCAUCCUCUUCCGAAGACAACACCAAGACUGUGAAGAUGACGUUGCAAGUUGCACCAGUUCAGGAGGACUUUGAGACCUUGGUCAAUGGGUUGACCUUCCAAGAGAUGGACACCCAUAAGACGGAAAUCUUUGAGGAAAUCAAGCGUCUGACUGCUCAGCAUGUCUACCUGAAUGAGCUGUUGGAGGAAGAGAACAGCCGCAUCAGGAAGGAGGAGACCGCACGGAGGCAGAGGGAGAGGAACGAGCUUGUUCGGGAACAGAACCGCUUGGAGCGCGAGAGCAACAUGACAGUAUUCGUCGACAUGGAGGGUUUCCGUGAUGAGCCCUACACGGCCACUCUGUCCAAGGACAGCACGAUUGCUGACUUACGCGAGAUGGUGGCGGUGAACCAUCCUGACUACACCAACCUUCGCCUCAAGACUGCCAAGGACGACUUUACGAAGCACUUCAAGAUGAUUUGGAACGACAAGGUGUUCCACUCAAUGAAUGCUCGUCCUACACUGGGCGGAAAGACGCUGAACAUGCCUGACGGUGCUCGUUUGAGUGGAUACUCCAAGGCAGAGUAUGAGGCUAUGACCGUCAUCGCUUCGGUUGCCCCUGUUGUCGCUGAAGCGGAAGGGCAGUAG